UUCCAAGUGUGGCCUUACCAAGGCCUUAUAAAAUGCGUGAAUGCAUUUCUAUCCAUGUCGGCCAGGCUGGUGUGCAGAUUGGCAAUGCUUGUUGGGAACUGUACUGUCUGGAGCAUGGAAUUCAGCCAGAUGGGCAGAUGCCCAGUGACAAAACUAUUGGAGGGGGAGAUGACUCCUUUAAUACCUUCUUCAGUGAGACUGGGGCUGGGAAACAUGUGCCUCGAGCUGUUUUUGUGGAUCUAGAGCCUACCGUGAUUGAUGAGGUUCGGACCGGCACAUACCGUCAACUCUUCCACCCAGAACAGCUGAUAACCGGAAAGGAAGAUGCUGCCAAUAACUAUGCUCGUGGUCACUACACUAUUGGCAAAGAUAUUGAUUUGGUGUUGGACAGGAUCCGAAGAUUGGCAGACCAAUGCACAGGAUUGCAGGGAUUUCUCAUCUUUCACAGUUUUGGAGGAGGCACCGGAUCAGGUUUUACUUCCUUGUUGAUGGAGAGGCUCUCUGUGGAUUAUGGCAAGAAGUCCAAACUGGAGUUUUCCAUUUACCCAGCACCUCAAAUAUCAACAGCUGUGGUGGAGCCCUACAAUUCAAUCCUCACCACACAUACCACUCUUGAGCACUCAGACUGUGCUUUUAUGGUAGACAAUGAAGCCAUCUAUGAUAUCUGCCGUAGAAACCUGGACAUUGAACGCCCCACUUACACAAAUCUGAAUAGGCUGAUUGGCCAGAUUGUGUCCUCCAUCACUGCCUCUCUGCGCUUUGAUGGGGCUCUGAAUGUAGACCUGACAGAGUUCCAGACCAAUCUAGUGCCCUACCCUCGUAUCCAUUUCCCUCUGGCUACCUAUGCUCCGGUCAUCUCUGCAGAGAAGGCCUACCAUGAGCAGCUUUCUGUGUCUGAGAUCACCAAUGCUUGCUUUGAGCCUGCUAACCAGAUGGUAAAAUGUGACCCCCGCCAUGGCAAAUACAUGGCCUGCUGCCUUUUGUAUCGAGGGGAUGUGGUGCCUAAGGAUGUCAAUGCUGCCAUUGCCACCAUUAAAACAAAGCGAACUAUCCAGUUUGUAGACUGGUGUCCUACAGGUUUUAAAGUGGGCAUCAACUACCAGCCUCCCACUGUGGUUCCUGGAGGAGACCUAGCCAAAGUUCAGCGGGCAGUGUGCAUGCUGAGCAACACCACAGCCAUUGCUGAGGCCUGGGCCCGCCUGGAUCACAAGUUUGAUCUAAUGUAUGCCAAGCGGGCCUUCGUGCACUGGUAUGUUGGGGAAGGGAUGGAAGAAGGGGAGUUCUCUGAGGCUCGUGAAGAUAUGGCUGCCCUGGAGAAGGAUUAUGAAGAGGUGGGCACAGAUAGCAUUGAAGGAGAAGGAGAAGAAGAGGAAGGUGAUGAGUAUUAACACUGAAUAUUAAUAAUACAGUAUGAAUACUUCAUUUCUCUGUAUAAGUAAUUUAUCAGUUGCUUUACUACUUGGGUAAUCCCUUCUCAAU